AUGACAAGAAUCCCCAACAUGACAACACUCAACCAUCUGUUUGAUCUGCCGGGGCAGAUUUGCCAUGUUCAGUGUGGUUUUUGCACCACUAUUUUGCUGGUGAGUGUACCCUUCACGAGCCUGUCGAUGGUGGUGACUGUGAGAUGUGGGCAUUGCACAAGCCUCCUCUCUGUCAAUUUGUUGAAGGCUUCCUUCAUUCCUCUCCAUCUCCUCACUUCUCUCUCUCAUCUCGACGAGGCGGGGAAAGAGGAGGUUAAUGCAGCUACAACAGAUGGUGUGGAAGAAGAAACAUGGAAGGUGGCUCAGGAGAAGGAGAGCAGUCCAACGACUUUGGUUACGUCUUCAGACAAUGAAGAUGAAGACAAAGACGUUUCUCGUGUUUACCAAGUUGUCAACAAACCACCUGAGAAAAGACAACGAGCUCCUUCAGCUUACAAUUGCUUCAUAAAGGAAGAGAUCAGGAGGUUAAAGGCUCAGAAUCCAAGCAUGGCUCAUAAGGAAGCUUUCAGCUUAGCUGCCAAAAAUUGGGCCCAUUUCCCUCCAGCGCAAAACAAGAGAGCUGCCUCAGAUCAAUGUUUUUGCGAGGAAGAUAACAACACAGUACUACCAUGCAACGCUCUCGAGGACCGUGAAGAAAGCAAUAAUGGGUUCCGAGAGAGAAAGGCUCAAAGGCACUCCAUUUGGGGGAAAUCUCCAUUUGAGUAA